CCACCUCAUAUCGUAGAAAUAUAAAAAAAAUAAGCUUAAAGAGGAGAGCAGGCACUUGUCUUGUGCUUUGGCUUUGCCAUCAACACCCUGAAGAGAAUUCUGUUUUGCCUUCCACUCGUUGCUGCCUUUGGAAACCUGCACAGAUGGAGACUGCUUUUUUUCGGUGCGGCUGAGGUUAAAUCUUUAAGUUGGUUUGCAGCUGAGGUUCGGCUCAUUGUGAGCCUGCAGGGAGGUGAAAAUGGACUACGUUUAUGGACCAGGAAGGAACCACCUCUUUGUUCCAGGCCCGGUCAAUAUUCCGGAGCCAGUCCUUCGGGCCAUGAACAGGAACAAUGAGGAUUACCGUUCUCCCGCUGUCCCAGCAAUGACCAAAACUCUGCUCGAGGAUGUGAAGCAGAUUUUCAAGACUACAUCUGGAACUCCAUUUAUGAUCCCUACCACAGGCACUGGUGCAUGGGAGAGUGCGCUUACAAACACAUUAUCUCCUGGGGACCGGAUUGUAUCUUUCCUGAUUGGCCAAUUCAGUUUACUGUGGAUCGAUCAGCAGCAGCGCCUUAAGUUCAAUGUGGAUGUUGUAGAAAGUGAAUGGGGCCAAGGUGCCAACCUUGACGUUCUGGAGUCAAAAAUUGCAGAAGAUACCGCGCACACUAUAAAGGCAAUAUGCAUUGUUCACAAUGAAACAGCCACCGGAGUCACAAACAACUUGGCUAAAGUCAGAAAAAUACUUGAUAACUACAUGCAUCCGGCUCUCUUCCUUGUCGAUGGAGUGUCUUCCAUAUGUGCUCUUGAUUUCCGUAUGGAUGAGUGGGGGGUAGAUGUUGCUUUAACUGGCUCUCAGAAAGCUCUUUCCCUCCCCACUGGAAUUGGGAUUGUGUGUGCAAGCCCCAAAGCUCUGGAGGCAUCUAAAACUGCAAAAUCCGUGAGGGUGUUCUUCGACUGGAAUGAUUACUUGAAGUUCUAUAAGUUGGGAACAUACUGGCCUUACACCCCUUCUAUCCAGUUGCUGUAUGGGCUGCGUACAGCACUUGAUCUUGUUUUUGAGGAAGGACUUGACAAUGUGAUUGCAAGGCAUAGCCGUUUGGGCAAAGCAACAAGGCUUGCUGUGGAGGCAUGGGGGUUGAAGAACUGCACCCAAAGCGAGGAAUGGGUGAGUGACACAGUGACUGCUGUUCUUGUUCCUCCAUACAUUGACAGUACCGAAAUUGUGAAAAGGGCAUGGAAAAGGUACAAUUUGAGCUUAGGCCUAGGCCUGAACAAAAUAGCCGGCAAGGUUUUCAGAAUAGGGCAUCUUGGCAACCUGAAUGAGUUGCAACUGUUGGGUUGUCUUGCUGGUGUGGAGAUGGUGCUUAAGGAUGUCGGAUACCCUGUUAAGCUCGGAAGCGGAGUUGCAGCUGCCAGUGCAUACUUCCAGAACAAUACCCCUCUGAUCCCUUCCAGGAUUUGAUUCACAGUUUAUCUGUGUAAUUCAUUUUCUUUCAGGAUGCUAUGUAGAUAAUGCAUAUUUGUUCCUCCUCUUGCACUCUUUUGAGGCUAACAAAAUUACCUACUUAAUACAUGGUCUUUUGAAUGUUCGUAUA